GCGCGGCGCCGCGCGAAGGUCACGGGCGGCGCGGGGCGAUGGCGGCGGCCGCGGCCGGAGGGUGCGGGAAGUGUCUCCUGGGUGGUUUGUGGCUCCUUUCCAGACGUUCUCCCGUCGCUGCCUUGCCCAGGAAUGUGGUCAGGAUGGGCAUCCCCGCGCUGGACACCCCCCAGUCCAGACGUUACUCCUCGGGAGGAAGGAAGGGUUUCAUCUCCGGCUUCGUGGAGAACAUCAAACAGGAGCUGGCCAAGAACAAGGAGAUGAAGGAAAGCAUCCAGAAAUUCCGGGAUGAGGCCAAAAAGCUGGAAGAGUCGGACGCUCUGCGGGAAGCCCGGAGGAAAUACAAAACCAUCGAAUCCGAAACGGUGAAAACUUCUGAAGUGAUUAAAAAGAAACUUGAAGAAAUAACAGGGACAGUUAAAGAGAGCUUGGACGAGGUCAGCAAAAGCGACAUCGGCCGCAGGAUAAAGGAGGGCGUGGAAGAAGCGGCCAAAACGGCCAAACAAUCAGCAGAGUCGGUCACAAAAGGAGGGGAGAAGCUGGGCAGGACAGCAGCCUUCAAAGCCAUCUCUCAGGGAGUAGAAAGUGUGAAGAAGGAAAUAGAUGAAAGUGUUUUAGGGCAAACUGGUCCCUACAAACGUCCGGAGCGGCUCCGAAAACGAACGGAAUAUUCAGGAGAGAGGAUCAAAGAGGAGAGGAUAUUUGAGGCCAAUGAGGAGGCCAUGGGAAUGGUGCUGCACAAAGACUCCAAGUGGUACCAGCAGUGGAAAGAUUUCAAGGACAACAACGUGGUUUUCAACAGGUUCUUUGAGAUGAAGAUGAAGUACGACGAGAGCGACAACGCCUUCAUCCGAGCGUCGCGGGCCGUCACCGACAAAGUCACCGACUUGAUAGGUGGAUUGUUCUCCAAGACGGAGAUGUCGGAGGUGUUGACGGAGAUCCUCAAGGUGGAUCCCUCCUUCGACAAGGAUCGUUUCCUGAAGCAGUGUGAGCGGGACAUCAUCCCCAACGUCCUGGAGGCUCUGAUCUCCGGGGAGCUCGAGAUCCUCAAAGAUUGGUGCUACGAGGCGACUUACAGCCAGCUGGCUCAUCCCAUCCAACAGGCCAAAGCCCUGGGGCUCCAGUUCCAUUCCAGGAUCCUGGACAUCGACAACAUCGACCUGGCCAUGGGGAAGAUGAUGGAGCAGGGACCAGUUUUAAUCAUCACCUUCCAGGCUCAGGUGGUGAUGGUGAUAAAGAACCACAAAGGGGAGGUGGUGGAAGGAGAUCCGGAGAAGGUGCUGCGGAUGCUCUACGUGUGGGCCCUGUGCCGGGACCAGGACGAGCUCAACCCCUACGCGGCCUGGAGGCUCCUGGACAUCUCCUCGUCCAGCACCGAGCAGGUCCUGUGAGGAAUCGGCCGCACCCGGGGCCUUCCCGAACCUCUGGAGCUCCGAGCUCGCCCCAGCCUGCUGGACUGUGGGGUGGGGAAAAACCAGGCUGGGGGAUUUUUUUUGGAGGGUGUGGAUUUUUGGGAGAGCAGGUUCCCAAAUCCCCCCAGGGAGCUGGGCUGGGGUGCCCUCCCUGCCCCCCCUGCUUUGCUGUGCCCGAGGGUUUAUAGAGCUCAACCUCUGAGACACGGCUUGGUCCUUCUUUCAUCGUGCCUGGAGGAGGCUCCCGAGGGUCUCCCAGGAUUCCAGCGAGGUGGGAAUGAGGGGGGAGCCGUUCCCAGCUGCAGUUCCCACCUCUGGUGGCCUCGUGGUUUUUUUAUUUUUGCUCUCGGUUGACACAACAUCUCCUGUCCCAGCUCCACCACCAGGCCUUGUGGCCCUGCCUUGCACUUUACCGAGCCAAAUACAAGCGGGACUUUGCACGUGGA